CCAGCACUGGAUUUGGUCUAGCUAGAAAGAGCAAAGUCGUCAUUAUUGAAAAACCAGGGCGCUCUGAGCUUAUUUCUUCAUGAGGACGGUUCUCUCUGAAGGCACACGUUUUUCUGCUUGAGAGCAGCCCUACCUCCCUGUUCAGCAUUCCAGCUGGGUAAAACUCGGCAAGACCAUGGCAAGCUACGCUCUUCAAAUGGCUGGACUGGUGCUGGGUGGUGUCGGCAUGGUGGGCACAGUGGCAGUGACCAUCAUGCCUCAGUGGAGAGUGUCUGCCUUCAUCGAAAGCAACAUUGUGAUUUUUGAGACCCUCUGGGAAGGCCUGUGGAUGAACUGCAUGAGGCAUGCCAACAUCAGAAUGCAGUGCAAGGUCUACGACUCACUGCUGGCUCUUACUCCUGACCUUCAGGCAUCCAGAGGCCUGAUGUGUGCUGCAUCUGUCCUGUCCUUCCUGGCUUUCAUGACAGCCAUCCUCGGAAUGAAGUGCACCAGGUGCACGGGAGACGAUGAGAGCGUCAAGAGCCGCAUCCUGCUGACAGCCGGGAUCAUCUUCAUCAUCACUGGAUUGGUGGUGCUCGUCCCUGUAAGCUGGGUUGCCAAUUCCAUCAUCAGAGACUUCUAUAACCCGCUAGUGGAAGUCGCCCAAAAGCGUGAGCUUGGAGAAGCCCUCUACAUUGGGUGGACCACAGCACUGGUGCUAAUCGCCGGAGGAGUGCUUUUCUCUUGUGUGUUUUGUUGCACAGAGAAGAGGAGCAGUUACAGAUACUCCAUACCUUCUCAUCGCACCACCCAGAGGAGUUUCCAUGCGGAAAAGAGAUCCCCGAGCAUAUACUCCAAAAGUCAGUAUGUGUAGUUGUGUGUGUGUGUGUGUGUGUGUGUGUGUGUGUGUGUUAACUGUACCUAUAAAGUCAAACAAAUCACUGCAUCAGGAACUAUUUUCAAGAAAUGGAGUCCACCGUGUAUCCAUUUACCUUUGUUAACUGCCUAACACUCAAUACAGGAAAUAUGCACCGUCGUUGAUUCUAUAAAUGAUUUAGCAGAAUGAGGUAUUACGCACACAGCUUCGAUUGUUCUAGAAAGCAUAGUCAUUUGUUUUCUGAAAUGGUUCACACAGCUUUUCCUUUUAUCGGCUACUCUAAAACGACACAUCUACAGGCCGUUGGUUUAAGCUGUGUCUUCUCUGUGUCAUGGCAUUAUACGAGUAGAUGAGGGUGGCUGUUAAAUCUCACACAAAUAGAGACAGGCUUAUGUGGCUCUAUUUAAAGUGAAAUGCCAAUCCAUCAGGCUGAAUAAAUACAAUUUUUUCAAAGGGAGCUGACAAUAAAAGGGAAGAAGGCUGAUAUUAAUUGCCUAAAAACAGCUUAAGGAUUAGUGUACUCUAUUUAUAGUGAAGGUUAAAAUGAAGGCUUUAAUCAUUAGUGUAAAGGAAGCUAAAUGGCUUUCUGAGACCCUGCUUUGCAGCUACUGAAAUUAGAAAGCCCAUCACCGUCAUCCUUUAACUCCAGAGGCUGUUUUUCUUUUUCUGGUUGGUUAUUAAGUUUGUAUCUUUUAAAAUUUAAGAUGGAUAUUUUGUCAAAAUAUUUUCAUCCAAACUACUUUACCAAGGCUGUGCUAGGAAAAGAGAUAAAGCAGUGGUGUUCAAAAAAUUAACAAUUUCAGAAAAAAUAAUUUAUUUUAACCUGCAAGUUUAGAGAAGGAUGUAUUGUCUUUCAAAUAAAGUCAUAUAUGUAAGGAACGGUUCAAGCACUGUUUGUGCGUCAUCUUUGGGACUUUAUCAGUAUAAAUGAAGGAGAAAGAUGAUAUGUUUUGGUCGUUGUCUUCUUACACUGAAGAGGUACAACCCCUCUAACUCCAAAAGUUUGUCCUUUCUCAUUCUGUGACUACAUCAGAAUCAUCAUUUCAGUUCUAUUAAGCAUCAUUUUCUCCACUUGCUAUGUCUUUGCUGAGGUUUAUUGAAGUGUGAUAUUACUUUGUGUUUCCUCCCAAUCUGAGAGGAUUCUUAAUCCAAUUUCAAAUUUCAUACAUAUGAAUCUGUAUUAAUAAUACGACUAUAUAUGCUAUUUGCUUUGUGCAUUUUAUAUAAUAAACUGUGCCGUUUAUAACAAUAUAGCAUUCUUAUAUUUACAUUCUUUAUUUCUUUGAGAAAAUUUUCAAAACUUGACUCUUUUUUAGUUUUGAACACAGAUCCUAUGUUAAUUAAGUGAAUGACUUAAAAUCAAUUUGCUUUAUAAUGAUUACACACAUGUACUAAUAUUUGAAUAUAUUAUAUUGGGAAUAUGUUAAGAUGUAGUUAAGCUAAAUAAUUGUAUUUGUUGUAAAUAUUGUGUAUGUAAUGUUUUAAAAUGUUAUCCACAUGUAUUUCAACUUCUGAGAAUUAAUAUGAAUUAAAAUAAUGCUGAAUGAUUUUGGAGUAACAACCGUAUUUAUGUAAAGUAUAUUAUUAAACCCUUGUAAUACUAA